AUGCCGGCACUGCCAAAAUGCAGUACCCUUGGCAACGGCAAGGACAUGAUCAAGACACGACACGGUAGUUCUUCAUACUUGGAGGUUACUUAUCAUGUCUCUUCAGACUUUCACGUCAUCAAGAAGGCGCCGCUGGCUUUAUCUCAGUCGCCGGCCACAUCUUACAACAUGUUCCCACUCAUAUCUGCCCUUGCCGUCCUCCUCGGCAGUCAAAGAGCCCUGGCAGCCUCAGAUCCCAUUCCACCAACAGCCAGCUCAUGCCCAAACAACAGCCACCUCAGCCCUCUCACCCACAAACGGUCUUGCCCACGGCUUGUUGAUGACGAGACGGCCAUCCUGACCAACAGCUGGUACCCCUGGUCCAUUCCCCCAACCUGUUUCGACCCCACAAAACAAAAGGGCAAACGCCCCAGAGUCAAGCUAUCGAAACUAUGCACCUUCACCACCCUCAACACAUGGGCCGGCACCCCCCUGAGUAUCAUCACCACCCCAGAAACGGCCGCUGAUGUCGCCUCGUUCAUUCAUUCGCCAUAUCUCUCCUGGCUGGAGAACGACCGGGGUGGUGUCCCCUUCAGGCCUACCCACUACCCCAAGAACCCUUUCAAAGUGGAGAAGCUACCCAACAGAGGCUAUGGUGUUCUUGCCACGGAGCCCAUCAAAAAAGGGACAGUCUUGAUGGCGCAGCUGCCGGUUAUGCUGCAGUUGUUGGAGAGCGCUGAGCAAAAUGACAAGUGGGAGACGAGGGACGUGUUAAGACUUUUGCAGAGGGCGGGGAAUCAACUUCCCAAGGAGCAGCAAAGGGAGGUGAUGGGGCUGGCGGCGCAGGGAAAGGGGUAUAUCGUUGAUGACAUCAUGAAGACGAACACGUUCGAUGUGACGGUGGGGGUGUUGGAGGGUUCGACGGGGCAGAUGGGGUGGGGGAGUCAUUCCGGGUUGUAUCCUGAGAUUGCGGUCGGUUUCCUCUUUUUUGGGCUCUCGAAAAGAUGGAUGACUAACCUGACCAGCUGCUUCACACGUUUCUCUCCUUCCACCCUGAUCAUGGAGAUCGUAGCCUACAAGGACAUUUCUCCUGGCGAGGAGCUUUCCAUCUCUUACGCCCCCCUAAACAUCCUCUCGGCCGACCGCUCCGAACUUCUCAAAUGGUGGGGCUUCACCUGCACCUGUGCCCUCUGCCAGAACCCCACCGCCAUCAAAAAGUCGGACAAGCAACGUAACCGGAUCCAGGCGCUACUGGAAGAGUUCGACACCCCGUCCAGACUGACAGAGGAAAAGAUCGCCGAGAUCGAACAACUGGUAAGAGAGGAAGGGAUGGAAGGGCAAAUGGGCGACUUGUACAAUAUUAUCGGGAAUGUCUAUGCUCAAAGGGGGGAAAUUGAGAGGGCAAAGGAGUACGGGAAGAAGGGUGUUGUAUGGCUGAAGCAGUAUGCCGGGGCGGAUAGUGAGAGGACCGAGAUGGCGAAGGGGUUUGUGAAGAGGUUGGAGGACUUUGAGAGGGGGAGGAGGGAUUGGAGGCCUUAA